AGCAGCACACUUCAUGUGGAAAAGGUUUGAAUUUUAAUCUUUUGAGAAAGCUGAAAACGAGAGACAAACCAUGGAGAAGAAAGUUAUUAAUCAAGGAGUUAAAACCUCUGAAUCAGGUAUCAAGAUAAAGAAAUCAACAGUUCCGGGAGUCACACUGGUUGAGUACACAGAAAAUAUCCCAGAAGGAUGUAGUUUUCCAGAUAUUUUACGCCGACCAAUCUCACUGACCUUGCAGGAGGGCAAAAAUGCAAAUUUUAAAGCAGAUGUACAAGGAAAUCCAAAGCCUUCUGUGGUCUGGAGCUUCAAAGAGAAACAUCUAACAAGUGACAACCAUUACAAGAUCUAUCAAGACACGGUUACAAAAGAACAUAUUUUGCAGGUAACACAAUUGACUAUAGACGAUGCUGGUUCCUAUAAGUGCAUCUUUUCUAAUGAAUAUGGAGAAGCCAGGUGUGUAACAAAUCUGAAUGUUAUAGAAGUUGGCUUCAAAAAGAAAAUGAAAAGACCUGGAGCAACAAGAGAGAAUCUGCCAGAUCCAACAGCUUUUCGGAAGAUGCUGAAAAAAUGUGCCCAACCUGUAAAGAAACAGGAUAAUGUUCUGGAUGAAAAGGUCUGGGAGCUCCUCAUGAAUGCUGACAAGAAAGAUUAUGAAAGGAUCUGCCUGCAGUAUGGUAUCACUGACUUUCGUGGCAUGUUGAAAAAGCUGAAGCAGAUGAAAAUCGAAAGAGAGGAAAAGCGAGCUGUGUAUGUGAAAUACUUUGGCAAUUUGAAACACACUGAAACAAAGGCAGAUGGCUCAGCUAACUUUGGAUUUGAUAUGGAACUGAAGAAUCCAAAUCUGAAUAUUUUUCUAUAUAAGGAUGAAGAAAUGAUCCCAUAUUCAAUGAGUGAAGAAGGGAAGCACCAUCUUAAGCAUGUUGGCAAAAGAUAUAACUUCUGUAUCAAAGAUCUUCAGCCAGAAGAUAUUGGAAUGUACAAGAUAACUGUUGAAGAUGCAUCUGUUUUUGCAACAGAGAUUGAUAUUAGCCAUAUUCCAGUUGCUUUCAAACAGUUAUUGCAAGGAUGUAAAUGUAAUGAAACAGAAGAUGCUGUCUUUGGAUGCACCAUUUCAGUACCAAUACCUGUCGAGUGGUUAUACAAAAAUAUGACCCUGGAAGAUAGUGAUAAGUAUCAAAUUAUUGAGUCACCAGAUGGUUUAACACAUCGUCUGAUUGUAAAGGAUGUACAUCUUGGAGAUAGUGGAGUGUACACCAUUAUAGCAGGAGCUAGAUCCUCAAGUGCACGCUUAACCGUGGGAAAAAAUCUCGAUGCCACCUCACAUCAUUCAAGAAGUGAAAAGAACUCUUUGGAUAUAAAUUUGAAAGAAGAUUUGGAUGAUUUAAAGAAAGAUGGCACUAAAGGCAUUACAGACAGAUUAUCACGUAAUAAAGAUAUAACUAAAGAUGGUCUGAAGGAAGGAAAUAAUCUUUCAGAAGCUGACAGAACUCGAUUUCAUAGAAGAGGAUUGCAGGACUCAACAGGAGAUGGGUUGUAUGGAGAUGAUCUAAGUGACAUGGGGAAAUAUGACAGAAUGGGAAAAGAUAGUAGUGCAAUUGGAAGAGAUGGAUUAGGGAGAAUGGAUGAAGAUGGCUUGGAUACAUUGCGUGGCCAGGGAAAGGAUAACAUGCAUCAGCUGCAUAGAAUGGGAAAAGAUGGUAAGGGCAGUUUGGUUGGAAUGAAUGAAGAAGAAAUGGGAAUUGGUGGUGAAGGCAGACAAGAUGGAAUAGAAAGAUAUGGAGGCGAUAGAUUGGGUGGAAUUGGAGCAGAUGGCAUGGAUAUUUGGGAUGUAAUGGGAAAAAGUGGGAAGGGCCAACUAGUUGGAGAGGGAAAAGGUAGGAUAGACAACUUGGAUGAAAUCGGAAAAGAUGCGACUGGAAAUUUGGGUGGAGUAGGAAAUCAUGGGAAGGUUCAGUUGGGUGGAAUGGGACUAGAAAUCACAGAUAGUUUGGAUGGGAUGGGUAAAAAGGGACAAGAUAGUUUGUAUGGAAUGGGAAAUGAAGGCAAGUGGGGAUGGGAUGGAAAAGAAAAAGAUGGGAAAGACAGUAUGUAUGGAAUGGUAAAAGAAGGAAAUAGUGGUUGGGGUGGGAUGGGAAAAGAAGGAAAGGGCAGUUUGCAUGCAAUGGAAAAUGAGGGAAAGGGAACUGGUGGAAAGGGAAGAUGUGAUGGAUUGGGAAAAGAUGGUAUGGAUGGAUUAGAUGGAAUGGGAAAAGGUGGCAUGGCUGGAUUAGAUGGAAUGGGAAAAGGUGGCAUGGGAAGAUCAGAUGGAAUGGGGAAAGGUGGCAUGGGAGGAUCAGAUGGAAUGGGAAAAGGUGGUAUGGGUGGAUUAGAUGGAAUGGGAAAAGGUGGUAUGGGAGGAUUAGAUGGAAUGGAAAAAGGUGGCAUGGCUAGAUUAGAUGGAAUGGGAAAAGGUGGCAUGGCUGGAUUAGAUGGAAUGGGAAAAGGUGGCAUGGGAGGAUCAGAUGGAAUGGGGAAAGGUGGUAUGGGAGGACUGGAUGGAAUGGGAAAGGGCGGAAUGAGUGGAUCAGAUGGAAUGGGAAAAGGUGGUAUGGGAGGAUUGGAUGGAAUGGGAAAAGUUGGCAUGGCUGGAUUAGAUGGAAUGGGAAAAGCUGGCAUGGGUGGAUUAGAUGGAAUGGGAAAGGGUGGUAUGGGAGGAUUAGAUGGAAUGGGAAAAGGUAGCAUGGGAGGAUUAGAUGGAAUGGGAAAAGGUGGCAUGGGUGGAUUAGAUGGAAUGGGAAAAGGUGGCAUGGGUGGAUUAGAUAGAAUGGGAAAAGGUGGCAUGGCUGGAUUAGAUGGAAUGGGAAAAGGUGGUAUGGGUGGAUUAAAUGGAAUGGGAAAAGGUGGUAUGGGAGGAUUAGAUGGAAUGGGGAAGGGUGGUAUGGGAGGAUUAGAUGGAAUGGGAAAAGGUGAUAUGGGAGGAUUACAUGGAAUGGGAAAAGGUGGUAUGGGAGGAUUAGAUGGAAUGGGGAAAGGUGGUAUGGGUGGAUUAGAUGGAAUGGGAAAAGGUGGCAUGGGUGGAUUAGAUGGAAUGGGAAAAGGUGGCAUGGGUGGAUUAGAUGGAAUGGGAAAAGGUGGCAUGGGUGGAUUAGAUGGAAUGGGAAAAGGUGGCAUGGGUGGAUUAGAUGGAAUGGGGAAAGGUGGUAUGGGAGGAUUAGAUGGAAUGGGAAAAGGUGGCAUGGCUGGAUUAGAUGGAAUGGGAAAAGGUGGCAUGGGUGGAUUAGAUGGAAUGGGAAAAGGUGGCAUGGGUGGAUUAGAUGGAAUGGGGAAAGGUGGUAUGGGAGGAUUAGAUGGAAUGGGAAAAGGUGGCAUGGGUGGAUUAGAUGGAAUGGGGAAAGGUGGCAUGGGUGGAUUAGAUGGAAUGGGGAAAGGUGGCAUGGGAGGAUUAGAUGGAAUGGGAAAAGGUGGCAUGGGUGGAUUAGGUGGAAUGGGUGGAUUUGAUGGAAGAGGAACAGCUGGAAAGGGCAGAUUGGAAGAAACAGGUAAAAAUGGGAAGGAUACUUGGGAUGGAAUGGGGAAAGAUAUGAAAGGCAGAGUGGAUGCAAGGAGUUUUGGUGAAAAGGACAAAUGGAAUGAAAUGGAAGAAAGUGACCUGCGUGUAUCAGAAGGAAUGGGAAAAGAUGGAAAGAGCAGAUUGGUUGGAGUUGGAAAGGAUGGCAAUAAUAGUUUGGUUGGAAUUAGUAAAGACCAAUUGGAUGGCAGUGGAACAACUGAUAUGAAAGGUCUAAGUAGCAAAAGCAGAUUGAACACAUUUGGUUCUAAUCAAGACAAAAGUGGCUUGGAAGGGUAUAGUGGCACUGCCUUUGCUGGAAUUGGUGCUAAAGAUCAGAGUGGGUUUGAAGCCAUUAAUGCCUUGAGUAUGGCUGGUGCACUCUCGAAUAUGAGUGGAAGUGCUGGAGAUGUAAACGAUGGGCGCACCUCAUCAGCCAGCAAUAAAAGAGGUUUACUGCGAGAUGACCAAAUGUCAAUCCAAGAUGAAUCCAUGGAUGAGAGUAAACAAGACCUGUUGGCUUCUGAUUUAUCCCAGAGUCAACAAAGCAGCCAUGCUAGAAGAAGACAUAGAAGACUUUCUGAAAGUGAACUCAAGAGCAAAGAAGGAGCUCACUACUUCAAAAGUGGACUUUCAGACAUAAGUGCCAAGAAGGGAGAGGCAGCUGAACUUUGUUGUGUGACAAAGAAUGAAGAAGCACAAGGUUCCUGGUUUAAAGAUGGUAAAAAGAUUACCUCUGAGAAUGGAAAGAUUAUUAUGAAGGAAGGAGCAAUACAAAAAUUGACCUUUGCUCAUAUCCAAGAGGAGGAUUCUGGAAUAUACACAUUUGAAGCUGAUGGAGGAAGAACAGAAGCUUCACUAUUUGUUGAAGAUCCACCAGAAUUUGAUCAGGAUGUGCUUGACCAACUGGGAAUGCAACCUAUACUUGUUAAAGCUGGUCAGACUGCAACAGUGAAAGUGCCAUUCAAAGGAAAACUACCAAUGAAGGUGUCUUGGUACAAGGAUGGAGAUGAACUGUUCAGUGAUAACAGGAUCAAAAUUGACAAUGCUGGAAACUUUACAAGGUUAUCAAUCUUCAACUGCAAUAGAAAGGACAGUGGAACUUUAACAGCUAAACUGAAGAAUGAAAGUGGUAUAGCAAAUACAAACAACAUUAGCCUGUGUGUUAUUGAUAAGCCACUACCACCUCAGGGGCCGGUAGAGGUUCUAGAAAGUUCUGAACAUAGUAUCUCCUUUAAAUGGAAACCACCCAAAGAUGAUGGCGGGAAACCCAUUACAAACUACAUAAUUGAAAGACAACUAGUAGGAAGAAAUACGUGGACUAAAGUUGGUGAAAUGGAUGCGUCAAAAACAACAUUUUCUGUUACCAAAGUGGAACCUGGAAAGAAUUACAAAUUCAAAGUUUGGGCUGUGAAUUCUGAAGGUGUAAGUGAGGCAUUGUUAUCAGAUACAAUCACAGCUGGUAGAAGAGAUGUUCCUGGAGCUGUUGCAACACCAAAAAUCUUGGAUGCAAACAGCAAAUCCAUUACAUUGUCAUGGACACCUCCAAAAAUAAUUGGAAGUUCCAGCUUAAUUGGCUAUCUCAUUGAAAAGCGCAAGGAAGGUAGCAACUUGUGGACUGUUGUCACUGACCAUCCAAUUACAGAAAAGAAGUGGACCGUCACUGAUGUUGUUGAAGGGCUAAAAUAUGAAUUCCGAGUGAUUGCAGUGAACUCUUCUGGUUUGGGAGAACCCAGCUGUGAAACUGAAGCCGUGGUUGCUCGGGAACCCAUAAGGCCACCUGGGACUGUGAGAGACCUCAGAAUGACAGACUCCACCUAUUCUACCAUAUCUCUGGCAUGGACCCCACCAACAUACCAAGCCAAUGAAGGAGCAACAGGUUACAUUGUUGAUAUGAAAUCUUCUGGAAGUCCUGCUUGGACCAGAUGCAAUCCUGUUCCUAUUGCACUGAAUUCAUAUACUGUGAAGAACUUAAAACCAAUGGGAUCUUACUUCCUGCGUGUGAGAGCCGUCAAUGAUGGCGGAAUGGGGGAGCCUGUAGAAUUAGAAAAUGAUGUACUUGCCAUGCCACCACCAGUGGCUCCCAAGUUUAAAUUGGAUGAAUCCUUUAAAAGCUUUAUGAUCAUCAAAGAAGGCAAUUCAUUUCGAGUCCAAUUGCCAUUUCAGGCAUCACCACCUCCCAAAAUAAUUUGGCUCAAAGAUGGAUUACCUUUGAGAAAGCAAGCUACAGUAACCAAUACCAACGAUGGCACUCAGCUUUUUAUUCCAGCUUGUCAAAGAUCUGACUCCGGAAUUUAUUCCAUAACACUGAAGAAUCCUUUUGGACAAGAUUCAUUUAGUUUUGAGAUAAGAGCUACAGCAAUCCCCAAACCUCCGGGUCUGUUGACACUUAAAGAAAAUGUCCUAAAUACAGUGACAGUUUCUUGGGAACCCUCCAGAGAUGAACCACUUGAUGACCAUCUGCAUUAUGUUGUCAAGAAAAGAGAUUCAAGCCGACAAACGUGGCACACCAUUGGAGAUAACAUCUUUAACAAUAAAUUUACAGUCAUAAAUGUGAUUCCAGGCCGUAAAUACCACUUCAGGGUUCUGGCAAAAAAUGAUUUGGGUUAUAGUGAACCUUCAGACACAGUGGAGCCAUGGGGCAUUACAAAGCAAAAAGAUUCAUUUACCUUGAAAUUCCCCGACUACAAGGGUGUGAACAAUAUAAGUGCCCCUGAGUUUACGGUGAAGUUAAAGACUCACACUGCGCCCUCCGGAUCUGAUGUUUGCAUGAGCUGUGCGGUUAAGGGGUACCCGCCACCUAACGUGACCUGGUUGAAAGAUAAUAUAAGUAUCAGAAACAACGCAAACUUCUGGUCAACAAAUGUCUGUGGAGUUUGUUCCCUUUGCAUCUUUGCUGCAAGCCCAAAACAAUCUGGCGUAUACAUGGCCUUUGCGGAGAAUACGGCUGGAAGAGCUGCCUGCUUAACCAGGUUAAAUAUAAGAGAAUGAAGCAACUUUACAAGAGCUUUGGUAAUUUUGAAAUGCCAAACUGGAUGGAGAAAACAUUAGGUCACAACUUUACCACAUGCCAUUUCUGAGUGCUACAUAACAGUAUGAUGCAUUGUGAGUUGUUCAUUGAUUCAUCUGAAAAAAUGCAUUUAAAAAAUCAGCAAAAACAAAAAAAAAUUAAUAAACUGAUCUGGAGGAAUUCAAAAAUGUGCAUUUAAGCAGUUACAAAACUUCUUGUUUGGUUGUGACAACUUUUGACUCAUGAUUAUUUUGUCAAAAGUUUUUCUAUAUUCCAAUAAAAAUAUUUAAGUUUCAGUAGUGUUAAGAUGGCAAAAAUAAAUUCUGUUUUUGGUAAUUACUGUUUCCUUCAAGCUGUGCACUCCCAAUUCCGUGCUUUAUUGUUAUACUUCAAACCAGAAAUAUAAGCAGAUCUACACUUGAAAACACUUUAAGAUAUUGUGCUGCAUUAAGUUGUGAGGAUUUUUGCAUUUAAUAAAAUUACAAGACCAGAAAUUUGUUUAUCUUUGACCAUGAACUAGCCACUUUAUCUCACUAUGUUACAAGGAUGAAAAGAAGGUAGCUCCUGAUUUUUGACUAUAUUACACUACUUAUCCCUGCUUGUGAGAAAAUAACAAAUAUAGAUAUAAAUCUACAAAGUAGUUACAAUAUAUUCAAACUAUAGCCUAAUGUUUUAAAUUGAUUUAUUGUGGCAUGGAAAUUGUUCCAACAUAAAUUUAGCUAGAGUGAUCAUGAUUUCUAGUAAUUUUACACACAAAUUUAAAUUCUACUAAUGCCUUGUUAAAGUUCUUAAUUCCCUUUGCUGAAUCAUAUAAAUAAAAUAUUUCAAACUAUAAUGUUG